UGUUGUGCAUCGGAGACCACCGAUCAUAGUUUUUCAAGAGCUCCUAUCGAUCAGUUUACAACUAUCAUCAUCAGUGACAAUGAUAAAGGUGGUAUUAUACUCAUCGCUUGUGGCUUUGGUUGCUGCCCAAGCUUUUGUUCCAGCGGGACGACCCCCAGCACCAUUCCCAUCGCCAGAAUAUUUCCAGUACCCUGGUCCAAUCCAGACGCCUUUGACUCCGUUCAACGUCGUUCCGGACGGAUACUAUGGAUUCAAUCCCUACCAGGCAGCAUUCGCACCAGCAGUUCCUCCUCAAUUCGCCAUCCCGAAUCAACCGAUUCCUGUCAACAGUGGAGCGUCUCCUCAAACUCAAUUCAUAAAUCCAAAGGUGCCUCAAGUCGGUUACCCCGCGUUUCUACCUCCUCAAUUUGUACCACCGUUUCCACCACAGCAGUUCUUCCCACCUGCUACUGCUAACCCAAAUCAACCGGCUAUCGCACAACGUGGCCGUCCAUUCUCGGAUGCAACCGCCGUUUCGUUUACCAACUUUCAAGCCGGUCAGAAUCAAACGCUCGUAGGUGUUACCCAUGGGCAAGGUGUUAACGGGGGGGCCACACGGCAAGUUUCCUCAGCUAACAAUCCAGCAGGGGCAAGCUACGGGCCUGGUUUUAUCCAAUACGCACCAGCCACCGUCAAUCCGGCGUCAGCGGGCCGAACGCUGAAUCCAGCUGCUGUCCCAUCGACUCCUCGAGGUUUUCCAAGCAGUGCCAGUAGCUGAUUGAUUUUAGUUGGUCAAAACAAUUCCCUCCAGUGAAUUGAACAAAAGUAAUUAAAUUAGUUCCUGUAGAAUCAUUUACAUACCAAACCCGCUUUUGGGGCAAUUAAGUUUACACAUCUUAGCUCAUAGAACGAAACUUCAACCUGUACAAAAUGAGAAAAAAACAGAAUCGCCGCUGGCGCAAUCCACUAUGCCAUGUUCGGGCGAAGGAAGUGUUUUUAUAUGUUCAUAUAUGCCAACAGAUACGAUACUUACAAUAAAAUGAAUACCA